CACUCUGGUAAGACUGAAGUGGAUAGGCAUAUAAUGAAGAGGAGUCAUUGACGUAAUUACAACGGCAGGUGGUGGCACAUUGAUUUUAUCAAGCUCUUCCAAACCCUUGAAGACCAUUGAUCUAUAAAAGGGAUAAAUUCCAUGUGAAGGCAGAAUGCAGACACGAAAAUAGGAACACCUUGGAUUUGUUUUUGCAGCAGCUGAACACCUUACGGGGUAUCUCUCAUUAUGAGAGCAAUGACACAAUUUUCUCUUCUUUUUUUCUUAAGACAAUAAAUCUGACUUCAAGAUGUCAGAGGAAGAAGAUUCUUUUCUGAAUGUUAAAAGAUCCCUGAAAAAGAGAAUGGUGAAACACAGUACUCCAGUGGACUCGAUGCUUUCAAGAACAAUGACAUCUCUUACAGAUCUGACAAAUCAGUCAAUCAAGGACCAAGAUACCAGUAAGAGAGUUUAUGGAUCUCCAGUGCCAAAAUCAAAUCGAAGUAGAUCAUUAUCUCAAGUGUCAUUAGUAGGUGUUGAAGCAUAUAUCCCUCAUAUUUCCCCAAAAAGGCUUUCAACGGUGUUUGACUCACAAGAAUUAAACAAAGAGAUAAGCCAAAGCUCUCGGGUUGUAUUUUCUAGAAGAAGACUUUCCACAGUGUUGGCCUCUGGAGAAUCAAAUGAAGAGCCAAGUGACAAAGUUGACCCAAACAUGGAAACUGAAGCUCCUACCAAAGCAUCUGAGGAGGCUGCAGUAACUCCCAAGAGUGGACCCUCAUGGCCUGUUACUGGAAUACCAGGGAUAAAAGACCUCCCAAUAGUAAAACCAAGAAAGAAGAAAAUUUAUAAAGCUCUUGUGAGAAAGAAACAAAGAGAAUGGGUGCUUCGUCAGCUUAAAAACAUUGAGGAAGCAACUGAACAUGAACUGACAAUUGAAGAAGCUUGAUUGAACUACCUAUGAAACUAGGACUAUCCCAUCCUUCCUGUGGGAAUAGCUGGUUUCAGUAAAUCACACACCUGACUAUAGUGCCUGUUAGACUUCCUCUUUCCUUCCAAAAUUUUCUUUGUUGUUUGUUUUGCGACUCUUUUUGCCUCUAAAAUCUAACAGGAGUUGAGUACAAAUUAAGAAGUUCCUCUGCAUGACAGCCAAUGUUAAUUUAUAAUGGCUGAAGGCCUGGAACAAAGGAGGGAGAACUUUAUAUAAGAAUCAUUCCUCACCCUGCCACAGCUCUUUCUGACUGUACUUUUUUGUGUAGUGUUCAAAUCUGGUAAGGUUGCUGAUGUUCCUUAAGUGACAAAGUCUUGGUGGCCAUAUAGAGUGCAAUCAUGGUUAGCCAAAGGAGAAUCCCCUCAUCUAAAGAGUAAUCAAAACUGAUGCAAUCAGGAAUGUUUUUUACUGCUAGCUGGGGAGAUGAGGAAAUAGUGAGAGGCACAAAGGAGGGAAGUUAGCCUCUAGGGAUUACUAAUUACAGUUUGUUUUGAAGUUUUGAUUCAAAAUUAGUUUACCCCAGCCCUGGAUUGUAGAUGCAUCUCACUGUUGCAUUGGAGGUCCUUAAUGCUCAGCUGUGUGUGUUGGGGGGGGGGUAUGGGUUUUCUGUUUUUCUCUAGAGCUGCUGCAUGUGGGGAAGAAGGGUGUCUCCCUGACAACUGUGUUGGAAAAAUGGCAAUUUAGCUC